AUGUCGAUGACACAGAUCAUUUGGUUCAAUCUUCUGCUUUGCGUCAUUUUGGCUUAUAAUAAAACUUUCUCUCCACUUAAUCCCACACAUAUUCAUUAUCCUGGCUAUAACCCAGAUGUCACUCUGAACCUUCCCCAUACAUCUGAUAUCCUCGACAACAAUUUGGAGACAUUGCCUGACCAUAAUGACCAUACAUAUAACAGCGAUCGGGAACAAGUGACGAUAAUAGCAAAUGAUGAACAAUCCCAGGAAGUCACCGACGGCUUCGUUUAUAAUAUCGAAUGGGAAAAUACUGAUCGAGAAUUGUUGGGGAUAACCGUUGACAAAGAUCUCUUCCCAGAACUCAUCUGCAAUUUAUUACCGCUCAAUUCAGAUACCAACACACACAAUAUUGGUGGAGAACUACCGGGAACAAAUGAAGAGCAAAAUCGUGAACGUCCUCGUGCCGGAGGUAUUGCGCGCAUUAAGAAUCGCGGGGAAUAUAGAAAACGCAAUAAACCGCGCGACGAACAUUUUAUUUACAAACGCAAACGGCCCAAUUGUGGUCGAACUUUCAAUCAUUCAUCGCUUGCCUCUCACAAGGAAAUACAUCAAUGCGAAAACUGUAACAAAUCAUUCAGCACCAAGAGCAACUUGAACAGACACAUGAGCGGAUGCUUUAAAAGCGAAUUUAUGAAUGUCCUUAUGUCGGAUGUACUUUGCGCACGAGCAGUCUCAACGAAUAUAAGAACACAAGAAUGCGCACGACGAACCAUUUAUUUACGAAUGUAA